UAAAAAAGCCCUAGUUCCCUCAGCGUCACUCCUGCGUGUCGAAGGGAUCCCUCAAUUCCAUCGAGCCAAGCUCUUACCGACAGUGUGAUUCAGGCAGGAUGAGUAGCCGUGCGAGCAGAACUCUCUAUGUCGGAAAUCUCCCAGGUGAUAUUCGGGAGAGGGAAGUGGAGGAUUUGUUUUACAAGUAUGGACCUAUAUCCCAUAUUGACCUAAAGAUCCCACCAAGACCCCCUGGUUAUGCAUUCGUAGAGUUUGAAGAGGCUCGGGAUGCUGAAGAUGCAAUUCGUGGUCGUGAUGGUUAUGAUUUUGAUGGGCAUCGAUUACGGGUGGAACUGGCUCAUGGUGGGCGUGGACAUCCAUCAUCAGAUCGUCAUAGUAAUCAUAGCAGCAGUCGCAGUGGGCGUGGUGGAGUUUCCCGGCGAUCUGAUUAUCGUGUGAUGGUGACUGGUUUACCCUCUUCUGCUUCAUGGCAAGACCUCAAGGAUCAUAUGCGUCGAGCAGGAGAUGUCUGCUUCUCCCAAGUCUUUCGUGAUGGUAGUGGCACAACAGGUGUUGUGGACUAUGCAAACUAUGACGACAUGAAGUAUGCGCUCAAGAAACUUAACAACUCUGAGUUUCGAAAUGCAUUUUCUCGGUCAUAUGUUCGUGUGAAGGAAUAUGAUUCUAAGAGUAGUCCUGGCCAUCCUAGAGGUCGGAGUGAUAGCCGCAGUCAUAGCCGUAGCCGCAGUCGCAGCAGGGGUCGAAGUUAUAGUCGGAGCAGGAGCCCGAGCAAGUCUCCAAAAGCAAAAUCUACGCGUCGCUCACCUGCUAGGUCUCGGUCAAGGUCUGCUUCUUCUCGCUCUCGCUCUGGGUCUAGGCCUCGCUCUCUGUCAAGAUCUCCAUCAAGAUCCAAAUCUCCGCUGCCAUCUAAACGAGCGAGUAAAAGCCCCAAGAAACGCGCAAGUAAAAGCCCCAAGAGACGCAGUCUAAGCAAGAGCCCAAGUGGUAGCCGUAGCAGGAGCAGGAGCAGGAGCAGGAGUUUAUCCCGGUGAGAUUUGAUUGUGGCUUCUUUGCCUGUUCAGGAAGUGGAAAAUGGAUGAGAAUUGUAAUAUUUCGUUAUCCUGAUAAAUUAUUAUUAUUGAGCAGUGUCAGUAUAACACUUCUCACUAAUGGACCCCCAUUGAGUUUACUGAAGAUGAUGGAUGGGUUUGGCACAUUAAUUGCGUCUUGAAAUACUUUGUUCUGAUUGUUGUGCGGACACAUGUUAUGCCUAAGUUGGAUUCAUAGCGGAACUGAGGUUAGCUUCACAUUGACUAUUGUGUGGCUUUUUUUUCUUAUAAUCUGCUUUAUGCUUGUUUU